CAGUAACAACAUACAGUUUGAACUUGCUGUUCUCCGUGUGUUUCCUGGUUAUCUUCGGUCACACCUUACUGUUUGAAAUGAAUGAAGAAUUUUCAGUUCUUGAAGGCAUAUUGGCCUGGUGGUGGUUCACGUUUGUUUGGGAGGAGAUCAGACAGAUUGUGGAAAGCAAGCCGGCUGAACAGUGCAAGUGUUGCAGGGACAAAUGCCAGUGUUGCUGCUCGUGGAAGCUCUGCUCGUUACUGAAGACGUAUUUCUUUGAUAACUACUGGAAUAUACUGGACUGUGUUUCUCUUGGGUUCUUCCUGGUGGGUGCUAUUCUGAUGACCAUCGUCCAUCUGGACACCACUAGGAGUGAUGUGUAUGAAGCUGCGAGAGUGAUACUGAGUCUGGACAUCAUGUUCUUUACCUGGAGAAUGCUUCAACAUCUGGCCAUAUUCAGCAUCAUGGGUCCUGUUCUUGAAAUGAUCUUCCAAAUGAUCAAGAACUCAAUUCCGUUCCUGGGGAUAAUGUCGGUGUUCAUCAUAUCGCACGGCCUGGCUGCACACGCGCUUCUUUAUCCUAACCGUGACUGGUCACCUGAGUCUUUGAUUGACAUACCUAAAAGUGCAUUUUGGAACCUAUUUGGAGAAUUAGGAUUGGAUGAAAUUGAAGCGAGUGAAACCCAGGGUGCGUGUUCGUCGAACCCACUUCUUUUCGAAAACGACACAAAGAAUGAAUGUCCAUCCACCACUGGGAAAUACGCAGUUCCACUUCUUCUGGCCCUGCACAUGCUUCUCGUGAAUGUUCUCCUCCUGAGCAUCCUGAUAGCAAAAUUCAGUUUCACCUUUCAAAUGGUCCACGAUCAGACCGAAUGGCUGGCAACGCGGAAAAGGGCCGAAGUAAUACUGGAGCAUUACAGCAAACCACCACUACCCCCUCCUUUCAACGUCUUCUUUCACGUUGGCUCUUUUCUCUAUGCAUGUUGCAGGACAGCACGAGGGGCACCAAAAGAGGACAAAUAUUGGAAUGAAGAAUUGAAUUCCUGGGAGAGGUCCAUGGCAGAGUACUACCUGGCCACUGAAGAUUUCGAGUCAGGAAGCGAACGGAUAUCUCCACUCGGAAUCAUUAGGAAAGUGUUAUGGGCGCGGAGGAACAUCAUCUCUGAGGAGGACAGUAAUCUAGAAAAAUGGCAGGAUUAUUUACUGGAAAUAGAAAAGUUGCGUGAGGCUGGCUACUUCUCCAACAGAGUUGCAGACUUCCUCCCUCUGUCACUGGCAAACUGGUGUGCCAGUCUGAACUGGUAUGUCUAUAGGCGCAUGAGUCUGUACUGGUAUGUCUACAGUCGUAUCAGUUUGUUCGGGCCCAUCAGUCUGUACUCGUAUGCCUAUAGGUGUGUCAGUCUCUACUGGUAUGCCUAUAAGUGUGUCAGUCUGUACUGGUGUGUCAGUCUGUACUGGUACGUCUAUAGGCCCAUCAGUCUGUACUGGUAUGCCUAUAGGUGUGUCAGUCUCUACUGGUAUGCCUAUAAGUGUGUCAGUCUGUACUGGUGUGCCAGUCUGAACUGGUGUGCCAGUCUGAACUGGUAUGUCUAUAGGCGCAUGAGUCUGUACUGGUAUGUCUACAGUCGUAUCAGUUUGUUCGG